AUGGCACUUCAACAAUUAUUGCACGAUGAUUCCUUAGCAGAAGAAGUAAAACUUGAAUGGGUAGAUUUAGACGCUGUUAAUUCCGAAUCAACAACACCAGUUGAUGUUGAUGGAUCAAAGCAGCCAGAAGGAGAGGAUACAGGGCAGCAGGAAGAUAUUGAUUCAAUUGACGAAUUUCUGUUGAAAGAAUUCGAACGUCAAAUUGAUAUGAUGGAAAAUUUAUCAUCAGAUAAUGAUGAAAGUAAUGAUGAAUCUGAUGAUGAAUCUGAUGAUGAAAGUAAUGAAGAAUUUGAUGAAGAAGGAAUAUUAGGAAAAGAAGAAGAAGAAGAGGGGGAGGAGGGCGAAGAUGAAGAGGAAGAAGAUGAUGAAGACGAUGAAGAAGAUGAAGAAGAUACCGAAGAGAGUUCUAAUGAAGAACAAUUGGCUGAAUUAGAAUCACUAUUGAAAAAAAAGGAAACAGACUUGACUAAAUCAAAUAACCCUGUCAUGACGGAACGAAUUGUAAGCCAAAUUGCAGAUAUUAAAGAAGAAAUGGAAAAAAGAAAAAAGAAAUAG